AUGUCUAGACAGAGUUCGCGCGGAGAGGACCGCAAGCGCGGUAGCCUGGGGCGAGGAGAGUCCAAGCGGCUUUCUGCCGCGAGCUCGCAGGGGAAGCUUGGACGUUUGGGCUCUAAGUCCUCUACGACAUCUCAGGAGAAGGGGCGCCCACGCUCAAGGGGAUCGGUGAUCUCGCAGGUGUCGCAGGGUGAAGUGAAUCCGUUCGAGCCGAGUCUUGAAGAGGAGGAAAGUGCUGGCCUGGAUGAAACCACCACAGAGGUGCCAGAUGGUCCGGAGAUGUCCGCAGGCGGCGAGGAUAGCCCAGCUGCCGAGGGCGAAGGUAACGAAGGCGAAGGUCCGCCACGGCCGCCCCUGCCAGAGGACAUUGGCUACCAGGCAGGCUUCCAAGCUGUCGCGGAGAACCGUGUAGCAGAUGCGGUGGCUCUGGCCAUGAGCCCCUUCUGGCCCUUCACCAAUGAGCUGACCCCUCACGGCUGGACGCUUCUCCAUAUGGCCGCCCACAAAGGCCAUGAGGAGCUUUGCGCGGCGAUGUGUCAGCGGAAAGACUUUCUUGGCGUGGACCUGCCGGACAAGGAGUUUUGCGCCACUGCACUUCACAUCGCAGCAGGGAAGCGGCGCGCUUCUUGCUGCAGUGCCAUUGUGGAAAGCGGCAGAUGCAAGCAGGUCAACUCGAAGGAUAUCAACGGUCAGACUGCCCUGCAUCUUGCGGCUCUCCGCGCUGACAGAGAGUCCUAUGCGGCCAUUGCUGCUCAUCCGGAUUGUAACCCACUGCUCCCGGACAAGCACGGCCGGUCGGCCGUGGAGUAUGCUGCCGACCGCGGCCUCGAGGUGGAUUGCCAAGUUCCAGGACAUUCCGAGAUCGAGAUGUGA